GCAACGCGUCACCACCUCUUGUUUCCCGCUGGUAUGUGCCGAUGCCGCAGUACCGACUACCUACUACUGCUCUCUCCUCCGCCAUAGUAUAGAUUUUCAAUUAGUCCGCGCGCGGAACGUGGAAAAUAAUGUGCCGGUCCGACGACGACACCUGCUGACCCUGCUCGAAGGUCGCUAGCCCGGGUGUCCCGCGUCCUUUCUGUCAUCGCGGUGCUCCUCCUCUGUCCGAGGAAACCGACGACCCUCGCGAACUGGACACGGGGAUAAAGAGAUCGAUUUCUCCUCCUCCGUGGAGCUUCCCGCUGCUAUAAGCCGCGACAUGGCAACUCACUGACGAGGGAGGAGUUUCCCAUGCUCUGCGAGGGCUGCACCAUAGCCGAGGAUGCGGUUUAAGACGAACCACGGGACACUGCUGUCCAGGCUGAUCGCGAUCUACGCGUUCAUGCUUCAUUCAGGAAUCGUGGCCCUUCGCAUGACGGCCCUGCAGAUACCUCAACACGUUGUUCUGAACGAAACGGUCCUGAUGCGGUGCAACUUCAACCUGGACAAGGAGACGUUGUACUCGGUGAAAUGGUACAAGGACGGCCACGAGUUUUAUCGUUACGUGCCCAGGGACGAGCCCACCGUUCAAACGUUUCGCGUGACCGGCGUAAACGUGAACACGCGCGAUUCCACGGAGAGCGCGGUCGUCCUGAACAACGUGAAUCUGAGCAGUUCGGGCAGGUACCGAUGCGAGGUGUCCGCGGAAGCUCCUGCCUUUCAAACCGUGUCCGAUCACGCGGACAUGACGGUAGUAGUUCUUCCCGACGAAGGCCCGCGAAUAACCGGCGGUCGUUCUCGCUAUAAGGAAGGGGAGCUCGUUCGCAUGAACUGCACGUCCGCGCCCUCGAAACCGGCUGCUCUCUUGACUUGGUUCAUCAACGGCGAACCGGCCGAUGCCCAGUACCUGAAGGGACCGCACAUUACCAGCGUGGACGAGAAGGGCCUGGAGACGGCGGUACUGGGCUUGGAGUUCAGCGUGACCAACAAACACUUCAAGCUCGGCGACAUGAAGCUAAAGUGCUUGGCGACGAUAGCGAGCGUCUACCUGCAGAGCAACGAGGAGAGCGUCGAGGGCGACGAGAGAAUCGUGAAAGCCCCUGUAAUGGAGAGCCGCGAGACCAGGGCACAAAGCCACACUCGCAACGAUUUAACCAACGGAAGCCAAACCGCAACGAUAUUCGGCUGGAUGAUGGUCCUCUCGAUCACGGCAUUCGUCCUGACGCGAUAAUAAUUACACUCUUUUUUCACCUUGCUUCCUUAACAGUGUAAAACGAUCGAAGAGUACGUUAGGAGAACGUUCCCGUCGUAUCUAAUACUAACUUUUAAGUCGCGUAAUCGUAAUUAAAUAUCGUAUCGAUAAAGACGAUAAGGCCGAAUGGUCUUUGGGCCGCGCCAACCGCCGUCCGUGUCGGACCCAUCGCGAAUCUGUUACCCUUAUUCGGUAACGUUUCCCGAACCGAGAAAACUAACUUUUCCUCGAUAGAUUCGUCCUGGAUCCGUCACCGACAGCGAAUCAAACUAUGUUCUAGGCUCUAAAUGUAUUGUUACGCGAACGGAAAAUCUCGUUUAAUACACAUAUCCAUGGAACAAACAGAGAGAAAAUAUUACGGAACCGAAAGGAACCGAAACCGAAGGAAGCAUCGAUCCGUCUGUCUCUCCGUACGUCUACAUGCAUGCGCGUACCUACUUUCUAUGCACGCGUCUGUGCGCGUUCGCUCGUCCAGAUCUCUUUUUAGUGCGACUAAAACAAAGCGAACAAGAAAACGACAAACUUCGCGUUCCUUUCCAUCGAUACAUAUUAUUUUUACUACGAUUUUAUAACGGUACUUCUAUUUUCGAUGCAUAUCAUUUUUUACACUUAAUAACGAAAAACCAGGUUGCUGGAAAAACGUUUCUUUCCCGACACCGCGAGAACUCUCUCUUCUUUCCUACGAACUUUCCUACGAAAUUUUACCGAUAAUUUUAUGGAUUCUCGAAGGUUCUUUCUAUUCGUUACUAAACUAAACCAUAUCCAACAUCUACGAAUUUUCCCGCGCGAUACGCUAACUAGACUCGCUCGUUGGAAUGUCAGUCGUUUUCAAUGAAUUUCGCGCCUUUUCCUCCUUUACCUUCCUUUAAUCGCUUCUAUCGCUCUUCUAUCGUCUUCCUUGCGAAAUUGCUGGCCAACCAAAUUCUAACGCGCAUCGAUCAUCUUUUACCUUUCUCCUUACCGACUUACCGAACACUCCUCGAAUAAUCCUCUAUCACCUAUACGUAUCUAUCUGUAUUUCGUUCGUACGUAACGAAUAAGUUGUCUUCCGGUAAAAAGCAAUUUCACAAGAAAGGUUGUUGGUUAACCAUUGUUGACGAUGCUGUUAUUUAUUGCUCGAAUUCUAUUAAUUGCUCGUUUACUUGUGCUGUUAUACAUUAUAUCGAUACUUUCGUCGUGAAAACGCGUGAAAAUUCGAAGCGUAACCUGUUCGUUGCGAGUAUCGAUGCAAUUAUCCACGAAUGAAAGGAAAACCAAAGCAGAAUUGCACUCGCGACAUCGUAAUGUCUGCUACACUUAAGCUAACGGAACGAAUGUUUCUUACAUGGUAGCGUAUCGAGAUCAAGAUACUUGCGUGUCGUAUCACCUAAGCGUUUACGAAAAUGUAAAUAUGUACAUAAUUUUCAUCGUUAUUAAAAUUCACUAUUAUAAUA